AUGCGGAGCAUUCUACCGAGGAUCGGCAGGCGAGCAUUUGGCUCAGUAACUGCUCAAUCUGCGGCUACCGCCGCGGAAGUAUCGUCAGGGUCGAAGUACGAAACAGCGAGUUGCCUGGCCAAAGUGCAUCAUGUCGAUGGGAUAUGGAGAGCGCCACGUACUCUACCGUAUUCCAAGGAGGAAUUCGAUCGCGCUUAUCCACCCUCGUACAAGGGCAUGCGCAUAGGACUACCGGAAUCGGGGACGUUCCAGGCGGAACACAUCGACCCCAAAUUUGACGAAAUGUCGCCCCUAGUGUGGACGACGAUACUCAUGGCUCCCAUUAUCAUAUGGGGAGGCAUAGAGACGUAUUACCACUACUUCCCAGCGAAACCUGGUAGUCACCAUUAA